GGCUGCGAUGGAGGUCCCGGCCUCUCGGCUCCGCUGGGCGAUAACGUUAUUCCACACACGCCCCACACAUAGCGGUAACGGCAGGAGCGGCGGCCAGUGCGCAGGCGCCUGGGGAAGGGCGAGGAGCCCGGCCCUAUCCCCGCUCCGGCUCCGACCCGGCGGCCUCUCACUGCGCAGGCGCCAAGCGCAGACAAUGAAAGGGGUUGUGCAGAGGGUCUCCCGCAGGCUUUCCCAGGUCCUACUGCGCACGCGUGCCUCCAAGACCCGCUGGAACAAUGAAGAAGGACCCCAGCAUUAGCGGGCACCGCAACUCACUGGGACUACAGUUCCCAGCGGGCAGCGCGCCAACUCCGAGGGGAGGUCGGGUUGCUGGGCAUGCUUGGAUUUGUAGUGUGAGCCGCCUUUCACAAUCUAGGCUCUUUGGGAGAUGUUUAGAGCUGCUUUCUCUUGAGAAUGUAUUUGGCCGUUUUGACAAACGUCGUGAAGAGUGCAGAGCUUGUUAUUUGCGUCUUUCAGAAGCUUCAAGGCUCGAAUGCUUGUAUGCACAUGUCGAAGGGUCCAGGCCUUGCUGUCAGUAGGGUGAGGUCCAACAGCAGGAUGGGAUGAAGGCAGGACUAAGCCAGGAAAAGGGCGGAGCCUCCUAACAGUCCCUUGGCAACCGGAUCCGGCCAGCGAGCCGUUGCAGCCUGUGUGCUCGGGGCGCGGUGCCCUCUGGGAAUUGUAGUGUCCUUGGAAGGGCUCCCGGGAAAGUGGAGGCUGCAAGCCCGCAGUCUGUGAACCACAAGUCCCGUCAUCCACCAGGAGGGCCAGUGGGUGGGAAGGCUGAGACCCUCUGAGUGGGGUUCCAGGCUCCCCGUUGACAGCCGCGGCAGGAAACAGGCAGGUCCUGCCGGGGCGCCAAGGCCUCCUGUCCUCGGAGGGGGAUCCCUGGACACUGUCCCACCUCACUCCCCUCGCUGGACCCCGAGUCUGCGCAUGGAGAAGUCCCUGGAGAACUCUACCCUGGAGGAGUCUCUGGGGCAAUACCAGCUGAGUCUCCAGGAACGUGUGAGGAGAACCUUUCACCACCUGAGAGAGUACAAUGCCACUGUUAGAGGUGGUGCACUGGAGCCUCCUAUUAGCGCUGAAGGAGGAAGUGAGGACACUGGGACUGCCUGGCACGAGCUACAGCACAGCCACGCCGUUAUUCAACUCAAAGCCUUGUUGUACCAACAAGCAACUAAGGAAAAUGAGGUGUCUCCAUCAAGAAGAAAAAUGUCCCCUUUGAGGUCAUCAGAAUAUGAGGAAACCAAUAUGCCUACUGCUCAUAAUCUUGUCCCUAUCAUCUAUGAUCAGUCCCAAUACAUUCAUCAUUUAGAGGCAGAAGUCAAGUUCUGCAAGGAGGAACUCUCUGGAAUGAAAAAUAGGAUACAGGUCGUUGUGCUUGACAAUGAACGGCUCCAACAAGAGUUGAAAGCUCGAAGGCCAGAGGAAGCGAUGAGGGAGCAAACUCUUCUGGAUGCAUCUGGAAACACGCAGAAUUCUUGGAUUACAAGAGGUGAAGAUUCUGGGGUUCAGGAAGCUGUCAAGAAAUUUUCCCACGGUGAUGCAAACAUUAUGAAGACCUCAUCUGCUGGUGAGGCUGAGAAAUGGAAGCUAGAACUGGAGAGGCUGAAACUUACUUAUGAGCAAAAGUGUGAAAUCCUGGAAUCUCAAUUGAGGGUUUUGAGGAAAGACUUAGCCGAAUGUCAGAAAAACUGUGAAGAUCUUAAAGGGCGACUAAAGCACAAAGAGUCUGUUCUUGCUGCCCAGGCUCCUAGCCGCGUCGGUGGUCUUUGUGUGAAGUGCGCUCAGCAUGAAGCUGUUCUUUCUCAGACGCAUAGUCAUGUCCACAUGCAGACCAUCGAGCGGCUGACGAACACUACUCUGGACAAAGCUGAGUUUGAGAGGAAUUCUUCAAUGCCGCCCUAUGUUGGAUUUGCCUGCUGUAGCUUAGGUGGAGUGACUCCCAUGUACUGUCUUAUUCCGCAGGCUCUAAUCCAGUGUGAGCAGCUGAGGAGUGAGCUGGAGAGGCAGGCGGAGCGACUAGGGAAGGAACUGGCUGCUCAGCAGGAGAAGAGGACCGCCGACAAAGAGCUGAUGAGGAGCGAGCUGACAAAGGAGCGUGAGGACAUGGGAUCCAAGAUGUUGGCUCUGUCUCAGAACAUUGCUCACCUGGAGGCCCAGGUGGAAAAGGCUACAAGGGAGAAGGUUUCAGCUGUGAACCAACUAGAAGAAACUCAAAACCAGCUUGCUUCCCGGGAAAUGGAAGCCACAAAGGUGUGUGGGGAAAUGCGCUAUCAAUUGAAUAAAAUCAAAAUGGAGAAGGAUGAGGCCGAAAAGGAGCACAGAGAGUACAGAGCCAAAGCUAAAAGGGAUCUUGACAUGAAAGACCAGGAAAUAGAGAGGCUGACGCUGGAGCUGAGGGAGAGCAGGCAGCACGUGGAGCAGGAGCAGCAGAAGGCAGCGGGGGCUGGCGAGGAGCUCCUGACAUUGACAGAGCGGCUGGGCGAGGCCGAGCGCCAGCUGCACCUCACCAGGUACCCCUGA